AUGUCAAAAUACACUGGUUCAUGGGUUGGUACGGCUUGGUUUGGAGCCUACUACAAAGAGGGAGGUGGGCCCUUGAAGGUUACAUACGACCACGAGGUGGUCGAGUUGCUCUGCAACGAAGAGAAUGAGACUAAUGGAUGUUGUGGAAUUUUCCUUAAGCUGCCGUUCUGCAAACAAGGUUGUGAAAGAAUCCGGUUCUUUACGCUUCCUGAAGCAGUGGGCGCCAAGUCUGUCGAAGAUUAUUUGCAAUACCAUGACCGGGCAUGUCUAGACCGUUGGGCAACUUGA